AUGGGAAUGACAACUGCCAAUUAUAACUAUUUUGCCAUGAUCAAAAUUAGUGUUCCGAAAGAGUCGAAUCGGGUUGGAUUUGAGGAUGUACUCGGACUCGACCCGUUUAUAAAAACCAACCCGUACAAAUACCCGG